AUGCAAGCGGCCGUAUCCACGACAGGACUGCGGCCCACGACCCAUUGUGGGGCGCCGCACUUCCCCCACCACCCAGCCCCACCCUUCCCCAACCACCCAGCCCUGCCCAUCCCCCACCACCCAGCCCCACCCUUCCCCCACCACCCAGGCCCGCACUUCCCCCACCACCAAGCACCGCCCUUCCCCCACCACCCAGCCCUGCCCAUUCCCCACCACCCAGACCCGCCCUUCCCCCACCACCCAACCCCACCCAUCCACCACCACCCAGCCCCACCUUUCCCCCACCACCCAGCCCCGCCCUUCCACCACCACCCAGCCCCGCCCUUCCACCACCACCCAGCCCCGCCCUUCCCCCACCACACAGCCGGCCCAUCCCCCACCACCCAGCCCUGCCCUUCCCCCACCACCAAGCCCCGCCCAUCCCUCACCACCCAGCCCCGCCCAUCCCCCACCACCCAGCCCCACCCUUCCCCCACCACCCAGCCCCACCCUUCCCCACCACUCAGGCCCGCACUUCCCCCACCACCCAGCACCGCCCGUCCCCCACCACCCAGCCCCACCCUUCCCCCACCACCCAGCCCCACCCUUCCCCCACCACCCAGCCCCACCCUUCCACCACCACCCAGCCCCACCAUUCCCCCACCACCCAGCCCCACCCAUCCCCCACAACCCAGCCCCGCCCUUCCCCCACCACACAGCCCCGCCCAUCCCCCACCACCCAGGCCCGCACUUCCUCCACCACCCAGCACCGCCCUACCCCCACCACCCAGUCAUGCCCAUCCCCCACCACCCAUCCCCACCCUGCCCCCACCACCCAGCCCCACCAUUCCCCCACCACCCAGCCCCAUCCUUCCCCCACAUCCCAGCCCCGCCCUUCCCCCACCACCCAGCCCCACCCUUGCACCACCACCCAGUCAUGCCCAUCCCCCACCACCCAGCUCCACCCUUCCCCCACCACCCAUCCCCGCCCUUCCACCACCACCCAGUCACGCCCAUCCCCCACCACCCAGCCCCGCCCUUCCCCCACCACCCAUAACCUGCACUUCCCCCACCACCCAGCACCGCCCCCCACCACCCAGCCCUGCCCAUCCCCCACCACCCAGCCCCGCCCUUCCCCCACCACCCAGCCCCGCCCGUCCCCCACCACCGAGCCCCGCCCUUCCCCCACCACCCAGCCCCGCCCUUCCACCACCACCCAGCCCCGCCCUUCCACCACCACCCAGCCCCGCCCUUCCCCCACGACCCAGCCCUGCCCAUCCCCCACCACCCAGACCCGCCCUUCCCCCACCACCAAGCCCCGCCGAUCCCCCACCACCCAGCCCCGCCCAUCGCCCACCACCCAGCCCCACCCUUCCCCCACCACAUAGCCCCACCCUUCCCCCACCACCCAGGCCCGCACUUCCCCCACCACCCAGCACCACCCUUCGCCCACCACCCAGCCCUGCCCAUCCCCCACCACCCAGCCCCACCCUUCCCCCACCACCCAGCCCUGCCCUUCCCCCACAAUCCAGCCCCGCCCUUCCCCCACCACCCAGUUAUGCCCAUCCCCCACCACCCAGCCCCGCCCUUCCCCCACCACCCAGCCCCGCCCUUCCACCACCACCCAGCCACGCCCAUCCCCCACCACCCAGGCCAGCCCUUCCCCCACAACCCAGCCCCGCCCUUCCCCCACCACCCAUAACCCGCCCUUCCACCACCACCCAGCCCCACCCAUCCCCCAACCACCCAGCCCCGCCCUUCCCCCACCACCCAGGCCCGCACUUCCCCCACCACCCAGCCCUGCACUUCCCCCACCACCCAGCCCCACCCUUCCCCCACCACCCAGCCCCACCCUUCCACCACCACCCAGCCACGCCCAUCCCCCACCACCCAGACCCGCCCUUCCCCCACAACCCAGCCCCGCCCUUCCCCCACCACCCAUAA